CCGGCGGCGGCUCCUACGGCUCGGCUGGGCGGCGGGAGAGGCGCUGGUGCCUGCCGUCGCCACCGGGACGAUGUUCUCCUUCUCGACCGUGCAGCCGCAGGCUACUGUUCCUCUGAGUCACCUUAUCAAUGCCUUUCAUUCACCAAAAAGUUCCACUACUACUGCCAGCAAAGCAUCCAUACAGCCUGUCCAGAGAGACACCUCCCCAGAGCACGAGGCUCAGAAGACUGAGUCUUUAGUUAAAAAUUUAAGAGACCUGGGAUUGUCUGAUUUGAAACCUAACCAGUUCAAAGAGUUGGUGAACAGGUUACUUCCUGGCUACUGUGCAGAAAACAAAGUCUCUUCACAGUGGCACACGUCGUACGUCUCUGCUCAGUCCUUCUUUGAAAAUAAACAUGGUUUUGUGGAUGUUUUCAGUGUUUUACGCUCAUCUUGUUUGUACAGACAACAUCCCAAUCCCCUCCAAAAUUUCUGUUCAGAUGUUCGAUGUUGGCCAGUGUACAUACAAUCACGGAACUUUAAGACUUUGAGAUCAAGAGCAAGACGCCUACAGUCAACAUCUGAACAAUUCACAGAAACAAAAAGUUCACUUUCUUCACUUUUGAAGGGCUUUAUCCUGAGAAAGCGACGAAUUGAUGUUGAAAACUUAGAUGCGCUAAUGAAAACAAAAAACAUCCCAGAGGCACACCAGGAUGCUUUUAAAACUGGUUUUGCAGAAGGCUUUUUGAAAGCCCAGGUAUUCCUACAAAAAACACUUGAUUCCUUAAGAAGAUCACGUUUGCUUUCUUUCUUUCUCUUCGUUCUUUGUUUUUAUCUUGCUAUAUACUCGUCAUUUUUACCUGGGAAAGGUUCCUUUUCUGAUGCUGUACGCUUUCGAACAUCAAGUAUCUUUGAUGCAGCAGUUGAUCCAAUCCAGUUGAAAAAUGUCACCUUCGAACAUGUAAAAGGGGUUGAAGAAGCAAAACAGGAAUUGCAAGAAGUUGUGGAAUUUCUGAAAAACCCACAUAAAUUUACUGUAUUAGGAGGUAAACUUCCAAAAGGUAUUCUGUUAGUUGGACCACCUGGUACCGGUAAAACGCUUCUUGCACGAGCUGUAGCUGGCGAAGCUGAUGUUCCAUUUUAUUAUGCGUCCGGCUCAGAGUUCGAUGAGAUGUUUGUUGGUGUAGGAGCGAGUCGCAUCCGAAGCCUGUUCACUGAUAAGAAUAACUGA